AUGGUGGUCUUAUCACAGCCAGUCGCUUUAGAUAACCACGCAUCCGCAAUCCCAACAUACAAACCGGUUCCGGUUCUUACUUCCCAAUCAAUCCCCGUCGUGGACCUAACCGACCCAGAAGCCAAAACCCUAAUCGUGAAAGCCUGUGAGGAGUUUGGUUUCUUCAAGGUUGUAAACCACGGUGUCCCACCAGACCUCAUGACCAGGUUAGAGCAGGAAGCUGUCCGCUUCUUCGCCUUGCCACAGUCUUUUAAAAACCAGGCCGGUCCUCCUGAACCGUACGGUUAUGGUAGUAAACGGAUUGGACCAAACGGGGACGUGGGAUGGAUAGAGUAUAUCCUCCUCAAUGCUAACCCUCAGCUCUUGUCACCGAAAACCACCGCCAUUUACCGUCAAACCCCACAAAUUUUCCGAGAGGCGGUGGAGGAGUACAUGAAAGAGGUGAAGGAAGUGACGUUCAAAGUGUUGGAGAUGGUGGCGGAAGGAUUAGGGAUAGAGCCAAGGGACACACUGAGUAAGAUGGUGAGAGAUGAGAAGAGUGACUCUUGCUUGAGACUGAACCAUUAUCCCACGGCGGAGGAAGAGGCCGAGAAGAUGGUGAAAGUAGGGUUUGGGGAACACACAGACCCACAAAUCAUCUCAGUGCUACGGUCCAAUAACACUGCGGGUCUUCAAAUCUGUAUGAAAGAUGGAAGUUGGGUCGCUGUCCCUCCUGAUCACUCUUCUUUCUUCAUCAAUGUUGGAGAUGCUCUUCAGGUUAUGACAAACGGGAGGUUCAAGAGUGUAAAACACAGAGUCUUGGCUGAUACAAGGAGAUCGAGAGUCUCUAUGAUAUAUUUUGGAGGACCACCAUUGAGCCAGAAGAUUGCUCCACUACCAUUUCUUGUCCCUAAGCAAGAGGAUUGGCUUUACAAGGAGUUCACUUGGUCGCAGUACAAAUCUUCAGCAUACAAGUCUAAACUUGGUGAUUAUAGGCUCGGUCUCUUUGAGAAACAACCUCUUCUCACCCAAAGGUCUAAUGUAUGA